GCUGUAGUCUGUCGUAUUUGGAAAGAAGAAUAUCAUCUGGAAAACUACGUCUCCACCUUAGUAGCCAUCAUCCUUAACAUAGUGGCUUGUCCAUUGACUAUCUGCAUGAAUCUUCUUGUGAUAGUUGCUGUAAAAACGAAGCCCAGACUUCAGACCAUGUACAACUUUUUGUUGUGUGCCCUGGCAGCGACUGAUAUGGUGGUAGGAGCUGUGAUACAACCGAUUUAUGCCGUGGACGAAAUGUCGCUGUUAACAGGUUCCUCGUUAACUGAAUAUUGUACUCAGUAUCAUAAAACAGUACUCCUCGUUCUGACCCCGUCCCUAGCUUCAUUGCUAUUGCUGGCACUGCUAAGCAUGGAGCGUUAUUUGGCAAUGAAAUAUUCCUUACGAUACGCAGAUAUCAUAACCAAGGGUCGGGUAGCUACUGCUGUUAUUACCUGCUGGGUCAUCGCAGUUCUUCCUCCAGUUUUCCUAUAUUUUUUUUCACACCACGUACUGUCUAUUAUGACAGCUGUUUUCAUAAAGAGUGUCAGCUUUGCAGUGAUUGCGUACUGUCACAUUUCUGUCUUCUUGGUCACCCGUCGUCACAUAAUUCGAAUCAAAUCUGAGCAAGUUUCGCAAGACACAAAGAAGAAAUUCCUAGAGGAGAAGAAAGCUGCGAUAACUACUUCCAUCGUCGUUGGGUUUGUGCUAUUUUCCUUUGUACCAUUAUUGGUGUAUACACUUUUACGGCCGCUUCUUCCUAAAAGUUAUUUUGGCAAUCUGUUUAUCAGUUUUAAGCCUGUUUUACAAUCUUUUGUCUUGAUUAACUCGCUGUGCAACCCUAUUAUUUACUGCUGGCGAAGCUCAGUUCUUCAAAGAGCCUUAUUUGAGGUACUUGGAAGAAAGAAUUCUGGAUAAACGGUUCAUUGAAAAAGAUUGUGUUAAGUAAAUUCGUUUAGAGCCGAUGUUUAGACCGUUUGAAACCCUGGCAGAAUGGUUGUCAAAUUUUCUCAUGUUUAGAAUUCUUAGAAUACUUGUUGCUUUGUUUUAGCAUUUCGUAUGUUUUUUGCAUUUGGUGCUCUCAGAAUUCAAGCCAUUGAGAGCACAUCAAGUCAUUCAGACACAUUAACAAUACCUCCUCAGAAACAAACAAAACAUCCUUUGCGUACUUACAUCAUUGACAUAGACCAGCCAGUAUUAAUUACACAAAGAAAUAGAGGUAUACUGCAAAUACUAUUGAUAACAAAAGGAUUUUUUCUGUCAAAAAAAUUGCUUUUCUAUGUCUAAGGAGUCUAACAUGAGGAAGAUUUAGGGCUACCAUUGUAGAUGUAGUAGAUGUGCUGCCUGGCUGCCCUCUUGGAUUCUUUCAGGAGUGCAAACAACCCUGCAACAGGAAUCUCAGUCACAGUGAGACUGGAGGAGAAAAAAUUAUGAAAAUUUAAUAUUACUAUAUUGAUCAUUUUGAUGAAAAUGUAAUAGCAAAAAUGAAAAGUUAAUUGCAAUCAUACUUACCUUUUUCAGCCUUACAGAUCAUGAUCAGUGUAUGAAGUGAUGUGGUCCAUUGAGCUAAGACUGAGAGAAUUUAAGCUAAUAUUGAACACCCAGUGUCGUGGAAAUAGAAACUCUAAAAACUAUUGAAGAAUGUUUUUUUGUCCAGAUAUUAUUAAUAUAAUUGUAUCACAGACAGCACCAUGUGUAUCUGUACUGUUUCCCAUCAAUUCAAGGACUACAAUAUUAAUCCUGAUGGGACAUAACAGAACUCACACUACUCUAGACACUACUGACUGUCUGGUUCAAAAUUUUGCACUUAAAAUAUUUUCCAUUCUCAUUCUUCUGGGAUGUAAAUGAGGAAAAUAAUCUAUAAUUUUUGCAAGGUCUAAUUCCAUUUCUUUAGGAGCAUACAUCAGUGCUAAUCCGUUUAGUCUGUGUUGCACCAUUGCGUUUCUCAACUAAAAAAAAUGCCUUUUAUUUGAGUGUCAAUGUAUUUAGCACGGAAGUACUAAAUGGGGACACUAUUUUUCCGUCUCCUGCUGGAGACGAGAACGCCAUUUUACGUGGUCAUCCUUGCCACGCGAAGACCUAGCCCCUUGCAGUGCAAAGGGAGUACCUUCAUUUCUCAGUUAUUUUAAGACCCUGAGUUGUUGGUCCGACCCCGGAAAUUGAACCCGUGACCUCUCGCUCUGCAGUCAAGCGCUCUGCCGACUGAGCUAAUCCUGCUGUGGUAAGUCUUCAGAUUUUGGAGUGUUGAGAUGGACCUGUCACAAGAUGCUGAUGAAAUAGGAAUGGUAUAUAGAUUCAUAUGAGCAUUAUAAGGGAACGAAACGCAAAUAAUUGUUGUUGCGUGUAAAAUUAUCUACAAGCAGUGACUGUUCAUCACUAAGAUGCCUAAAAUGUGUGCAAUUCCACAAUUGGUUUCGGCUCCAUUAAAUCCUAUACCAAUUGCUGAACAUUUUAGGAGGAGCCACCCACAAUGUGUGCACAGUUACUGACAUUAUCACUGACAGUACACUGUACACUGAAAUUGUUACUGACAGGAAGGGAAAACAGUGAAAAUAAAGCUGUUAAGGCUAUAACUAACCAUUAUUCCAUUAUUUCCAUCGACUUCUUAUAGCCGCUGUUUAGUUUUAGCAAAAGUUCGGUUUCAUCAUCGCUUCAGACGAAACAGCCUUUUCCUCGUUAUUUCUCUUUGAAAUUCCUACUAGAGAAAAGCGUUGGAACCAUGAAGGUAUACGGCCAGUACGUUCGAUAUAGCUACAAUAACAUUCAAAAAUAUCACGAAAUGGUGGAUCGCGGGUUCGAUUUGCACCUGCCCAUUUGCUUGUAGUUGGCAAAUUUUAAAAUGUAAAUCGCCGUAGUGUAUUCGUGUGGGUGGAAGAAUCCAAACCGGAUACACCACACUGAAUUCGUGUUACGUAUGCCGUUUUAGCCUAUCCGGAUUCUUGUGUACGUUGCCGAAGUCAUGAUAAGUCUAAGUCUGUUUUAUGCCAUGCUAACUUGUAAAUAAGUAUCUAAAGUAAAAUGUUCCAAUAUUUUCCCUUCACACGAAGAUGAAUAAUUAUUUUUCUCUCCAAGAAUAAAUUUUUUGCAAUUUGUGCUUUUCCUUUUUGCGCCUCCUUAAACUAUCCUCCGAGUGGCCAUCUGUAUCCACAUUUAGCACAUUAAACGUUCCACGUGAUGAUCAAAAACUGCGAUAACUGGUGAACAGACAUAUCACCCGAACUGUAAUUGAUAGGUAUUGUAAAUGGCCUGCUUGUGGGAGAAAAAAACGUCGAGAACUAAAGCUAAUGAGUGACAAAUUAAUCUCUUCUUACAUCUAGGCAUUAUAAUUGCAUCUCUAAGAAAUAAAUUGCGCGGCAGUCGUAUCUUGACUUGACGAAUCUCAUACUAACUUUGUUAUGAGCAGAAAGUUUUGGUGGUAUGCUCGUAAUAGUCUGUUUCGCCUUGGUAGGGUAGACAUCAGAAAGAAAAGGUGACACCUGCUGUAAGCUGGAUAGGAAAAAGCGGUAGAAAUUGUGGUCUCAUUAAUACUGUUUAUGCUAAAUUGUACUAGUUCCGCAUUUAACACUAUCAAAGACUCUUUUCCAUCGCAAAUGCCAAAUUCACUGCAAUGCAGUAAUGCAGACUCAUUCUGGUGGUAUCAGUGCAAAAUAGAAACUUGUAUACUUAGAUGACUUUUACGUAAGCUAUUUGAGCAAUAUUGCAUUGCAAAAUUGUGGCAAAUAAUAUUAAAUUUGUGUGUAACUUACGGGCCUUUAUUCUUUUCAUGUUUUUCUUUCCUAUUUAUGUGUUCACCUUAGAAUAUUCCGCAAGAGCUUGGUGUAAUGGCUGUAAAUAUGAUUUGUUAUUUUUUCAUUAAAAAUUAUUCAAGGUUUCGUUAAACGUAAUACUAUUUAAGAUCAGCUUUCUUUAAGUUAAUACUUCCUCUUUAUUUUGCGAAUUUGGUGUUCUCUGUUUUUAAUCAACUGUCUUUGUUAUUUAUAACGAUCGUGUGAACCUAAGCAGCAGCCUGAAUUAGGAAAAUCUCGGGGUAAUGGCGUAACGGCAUAAACAAAAAGAGAAAAAACGGUUCAUGUCCUCAAAGGACAACAUGAUAUUCCUUUAAAAAGAGGGAACCUCUCUUCUCUCUUUUUUUCAAUGACAGGGCGUUCAAUCUUGCGUCUUCUUGUGUUCUCUGAUACUAAAAUUCCUCUGUUUACACUGCAUAAUUUGUUUGAACAAAAAAAGGGCUAGUAAGAAUGUCUUAAGUAAACUAAGAUUUCAUUGCUUAUAAGGGAAAGAAAGGUGAAUUUUAGGAAUGACACAUUAACGUGUGCCUCUAAGCGUUUCUUCCUAUGCUUCGUCAUUAAAAAGGUUUUUCGUCUCUAAAAAAGAUAGGGCAUUUGCUAAGUUAAUCCCUCUUUUGAAUUAUGUCGGCCUAAUUUAAUCCCCGAUUUCAAACGAAAAGGCAAACUUGAUAUAUGAAGGCGUUUGUGAUUUCUUCUUUUGAUAUCUGAAGCCGUUCUAGGAAACUUGUUAUUAUUUCCACAAGAAAAUAAGAAAAGGCAAGCGUGGUAAGCUUUCAAGAUGGAAUCUACAGUUCUUGCCUACCUUUUUAGAUGAGCUGAUUUUGAUACCGUUCUAGAAAGGCUAUUACUCUCUAUAGCCACAAAUACGAAGUUAAAAGAGAGAGUGGGAAAUUCUUAGAAAGAUGAACUCUUCAGAUUUAACUAACAACACAUCAACUGCGACAGCGGCCACGGGUGUGGUCUGUCGUAUUUGGAAAGAAGAAUAUCACCUGUCCUGCCAAUAUGUCUCCACUUUGGUAGCCAUAAUCCUCAACAUAGUGACUUGUCCAGUGACCAUCUGCAUGAAUCUUCUGGUGAUAGUUGCUGUAAAAACAAAGCCCAUACUUCAGACCAUGUACAACUUGCUGUUGUGUGCCCUGGCGGCGACUGAUACGGUGGUAGGAGCUCUGGUACAACCCAUUUAUGCCGUGGGAGAAAUAUCGCUGUUAACAGGUUCUGUGUCUGAAUAUUGUACUCAGUACCUUAAAACAGUAUUCCUCUUUCUGAGUCCGUCCUCGGCAUCACUAUCAUUGUUGGCAUUGCUAAGCUUGGAACGUUAUUUGGCAAUGAAAUAUUCCUUACGAUACGCAGAUAUCAUAACCAAGGGUCGGGUAGCCACUGCUGUUAUCACCUGCUGGGUCAUCGCAGUUCUUCCUCCAGUUUUCCUAGAUUCAUUUUCACGCCCCGUACUGUCUGUCAUGACAGCUGUUUUUAUAACGAGUGUCAGCUUUGCAGCGAUUGCGUACGGUCACAUUUCUGUCUUCUUGGUCACCCGUCGUCACAUAAUUCGAAUCAAAUCUGAGCAAGUUUCGCAAGACACAAAGAAGAAAUUCCUAGAGGAGAAGAAAGCUGCGAUAACUACUUCCAUCGUCGUUGGGUUUGUGCUAUUUUCCUUUGUACCAUUAUUGGUGUAUACACUUUUACGGCCGCUUCUUCUUAAAAGUUAUUUUGGAAAUCUGUUUAUCAGUUUUAAGCCUGUUGUACUAUCUUUUGUCUUGAUUAACUCACUGUGCAACCCUAUUAUUUACUGCUGGCGAAGCUCAGUUCUUCGAAAAGCCUUCUUUGAGCUACUUGGAAGAAAGAAUUCUGUUAAUUAA